AUGAAGUACGCGAUCAUCUUGGCCCUAGUCGGUUGUGCACUGGCUAUGCGACAACAAGCCGUUGCUGUACAAGGCAGGCUCAUGUGUGGAAAUAGGCCAGCCGCAGGAGUAAAGGUUAAGCUGUGGGAUGAAGAUGACGGGCCUGAUCCAGAUGACGUUCUCGAUGAAGGAUAUACCGAUUCUAAUGGUGAAUUCAAGCUGCAGGGAUCCGAGCGUGAGCUGACCAACAUCGACCCUGUUUUCAAAGUUUACCAUGACUGUGAUGACGGUAUUAAGCCCGGUCAACGAAAGGUUAAGUUCCGCAUCCCUGACUCGUACAUCUCACCCGGAGGAGUGGCUAGACGUGUGUUCGACAUUGGUGUGCUGAAUUUGGAGACAAUUUUCCCCAAGGAGGAACGCGAUCUGCUGUAA